AUGUGUAAAGCUACUACUGCAAGGGAGUUGUUGAAUUUUACUCAAGUGAAUGGAAAACCUAUGAGGAUAAUGUUUUCUCAUAGAGAUCCUAGUUUGAGGAAGAGUGGGUAUGCUAACGUGUUCAUUAAGAACCUGGACUCGUCGAUAGAUAACAAGGCUUUGCAGGACACUUUUGGUGCCUUUGGAACAGUUCUUUCCUGCAAGGUAGCUGUUGAUAGUAGUGGUCAGUCAAAAGGCUAUGGUUUUGUACAGUUUGAUCAGGAUGAAGCUGCACAGAAAGCAAUCAAUCGACUAAAUGGUAUGUUAAUAAAUGAUAAGCAAGUGUAUGUUGGCUACUUCAUUCGUGGUCAAGAAAGGAGAGGAAAUGUUUGUGAUAAAUUCACAAAUGUUUAUGUGAAAAACUUACCAGAAUCCACUAGUGAUGAAGAUCUCAAGAAACUUUUUAAGAAAUACGGCACCAUCACCAGUGCUCUAGUUAUGACAGACUCUAGUGGGAAAUCCAGGGGUUUUGGGUUCGUGAAUUUUGAGACAUGGGAUGCUGCAGCCUCUGCAGUUGAAGAACUGAAUGGUCAUUCUUUGAAUGACAAGGUUCUGUAUGUUGGCAAGGCACAGAAGAAAUCAGAGCGGGAAGCAGAUCUUAGAACCAAAUUUGAACAAGAACGAGCUAGUCGAUUUGAGAAACUAAAAGGUGCUAACUUGUAUUUGAAAAAUCUCGAUGACAGUGUGAAUGAUGAAAAUCUGAAAGAAUUAUUCGUAGAGUACGGAACCAUAACAUCCUGCAAGGUGAUGCGCGAUGCAAAAGGGAGUAGCAAGGGUUCUGGAUUUGUUGCCUUCUCCACCCCAGAGGAAGCUACACGAGCGCUGAAUGAGAUGAACGGCAAGUUGAUAGGAAGAAAACCUUUAUUUGUCGCUGUUGCCCAGCGCAAGGAUGAAAGAAGAGUGUGGCUACAGCAGACACAUUUUGCUCGGAUGCGACCAACUGGGCUAAUGACUCCUCCUCCUGGAGGUAUGGCUGGGUAUCACACUGGGGCACCUCGACUUGCACCUCCGCAGGUCUACUUUAGUCAAGGUGUAGCAACUCAAGCUGCUGGAUUUGGCUUCCAGCAACAAUUUAUGCCCGGACUUCGUCCAGGUGUUGGUCCGAAUUUCUUUUUGCCCUAUCAGUUUCAGCAUCAUCAAGGACAGCACGGACGUAUUGGUGGAAGGAGAGGAGGAUAUCCUCAACAGCAGCAUCAGUGGAACUCUGGUCGAUUCAAUCCGAAUAGACGAAAUGGCAUGCAUCCUAGCAUCCCUCAAGGUAUGAUGGGAUCAAUUAUGCGAGCGCCAUUUGAUGCUUCUUCUGCUAUGACAACUCCUCCCUUGGACAUCCAACACUCUAACCCAGUGCCACCGUCAACACUUGCUUCUUCUUUGGCCUUUGCUUCUCCAGAAGAUCAGCACGCGAUGCUUGGAGAGCAGUUAUUUCCACUAGUGGAACACAUUGAACGCGAUCAUGCUGGUAAAGUUACUGGAAUGUUGCUUGAGAUGGAUCAGACUGAGGUGCUUCAUCUCAUUGAGUCCCCCGAUGCUCUUAAGGAGAAAGUCUCCGAGGCUAUGGAUGUUCUUCGCGUGGAGCCAGCUAGUGUUGGUGAUAAAUUUGGAUCGCUCACCCUGAAUGAAUGA